UGGUUUGAAAGUAUUAUUUUCUGUUAAACUGUGCUGCACACACUUUGAAAGUAAUGGUUAUAUUCCAGAAACUUUGUUUUGAUGUCUGCCAGGAAACUAUGUUGAAUUGGGUUGCUGUGAGUUUUUUGGGCUGUAUGGCCAUGUUCCUUCCAGUAGCAUUCUCUCCUGACGUUUCACCUGCAUCUGUGGCUGGCAUGCUCAGGUUUGUUCAGAAGUCUGUUGGAAAUGAGGCAAGUGGAGUGUAUAUAUACCUAUGGAAUGUCCAGGGUGGGAGAAAGAACCCAAUCCAAAAAAUAAUUUCCUCUUUGCUCCAUCAGAAAAUUAAGGGAAAAGAUUAAUAGGCAUUUUAAGAGGCUGUGAAGGAAAGAAACAGUGUAGUAAUUGGGGUGCUGGACUAUGACUCUGGAGACAAAGGUGCAAUUCUCCACUUAACCAUGGAAACCCACUGGGUGGCCUUAGGUGAGUCACACACUCUCAGCCCCAGAAAAAACCCAUGAUAGGUUCACCUGAGGAUCAUCGUAAGGUAGAAACAAUUUGAAGGUGCGCAACAAGAAGGAAGGGAAGGAGGGAGGGAUGGAGGGAGAGAGAAAAGGAGGAAAGGUGUUAGUGUAAAGUAGUGGUUCUCAAUCUGUGGGUCCCCAGGUGUUUUGGCCUACAACUCCCAGCCAGUUUACCAGCUGUAAGGAUUUCUGGGAGUUGAAGGCGAAAACAUCUGGGGACCCACAGGUUGAGAACUACUUCUGUAAAGCAAUGCAAGGGGCAGAGAUGCAAGCAGCUGAAGCAGGUUAAAUUACAGCUGAUAAGCUGUUUGACGGAAUAGAGGGGUGAAUGUUGUAUAGACAAUUAUUGAUAAAUGACUAAUGAAAUUAACCUUUUGGAAAGGGAGUACAAGGCAAGGGAGCAAGCAAACAAAAAGUAGGGUCUCAUUGACUCCCCUUUUUCACCAAAAGAAUAAAAAAAUGUUUUGCUACUCUAGAUAAGAGAUGUGGACGUGACAAUUAUCUUGAAAAUCAGAACUUUUCCAAAAGAUGGGGAAAUUGGGAAACCGCUAGAACUCUAGCUUGUUAGAUAAUAACAUUUUGAUUGUCUCUAAUGUUUAAAUGAGCCAAUAAUCCCAGUUCAAGAGGAAGGAGUGAGUGUAUAAACAUCUAUAAUGAGAUCAAUCAGAGUGAAACUGAUAGGGCUUUUUAGCAUUUUAAGCUCAGGAAUGCUUUCAAUUUAAUUCUUCACCACCAGCUUCAUUUGUUGCAUUGCUUCACAGCAAACAGCAUUUAUGACAAAUCAGAUAUCUGGAAUGUCAAUAUGAAAGAACAGUGGGCAUAUGUUAUCCUGGGCUUAAGCAGCUGUCUUUUAAAAAAUAAAAGUUGUUGUCAUAUUCUAAAUGCAGUUAGUGAAUGUCUCUUAUCAGAAACGAGAAGACUAAGGACUCCUGUUUCUGACAAAAGACAUUCUUGUUGGCUCGGGUCCUACUUGUGUGACUGUAUCUUCCCCUACAAACCAGCGCAAGCUCUUAGAUCUGCCGGGGAGGCCCUUCUCGCUCCCGCCUCCGUUGAAAAUAUGACUGAUGAGGACAAGGGAGAGGGCCUUCUUGGUGGUGCCCCCACCCCCUGGCUCUGCGAUUCUUUCCCUAGGGAGAUUAGAUUAGCACCUACCCUGGCUACAUUCUGCAAAAAUUUGAAGACUUGGAUGUUUCAAUGUGCUUUUGAAGAGUAGGUCCGUUUUCAUCACCAUCCAAUCUUAACUAUUUACUGCCCUAACCCUCAGCACUUUACCCUAUUCCUGAAUCUCAUUGCCUUGCAUUUUUGCACAUGCCUGCCUUCCCUGUAAUUUCUUAAUAGCCCCAGCGUUUAAUCAUGAUGCUCGCUAUGUAUUUUCUGAUUGUUAUUUUACUGUUACUGUUUUAAUUAUAUAUGCUGUCGUCGUAUUGUUUUAUCUGUUGAUCAGGCUUGGUCCCCAUGUGAACUGCUCCGAGUUCCCUCGGGGAGAUGGAAGCGGGUUAUAAAUAAAGUAUUCUUCUUCUUCUUCUUCUUGUUGUUGUUGUUGUUGUUGUUGUUGGAGACAGGGAUAUUUUCAAAUUAAGGGCUCUGAAAACAUCCUCACUCAAGAUAAUCUAUGGAAGUUUGAGAUGCUAAUGCAUUGCAUAAUUGAUUUCUAUAAAUCAACCUGAAUGUAUUUACCAGAAUGACAGUGAUGUUCUAUAAAAUAAAACAAAUAGAAUGAAGAUGCAGUUUUUGCACACCCAUCUUAAAUAAUGUCCUACUGAAUCUAGCAACACUUGCUUCUGAAUACUCCUGAUGCAUGUGGGCUGCACACGUUAAUAACUCAGGUUUUAUUGUCACCCAGGGAUCCAUAUAGGUGCUGACUUAAAUGUGUUUAUACAGUACUUGUAUCAGUUCCCUUGGGGGAGUGGACAGUGGGUCAUAUGCUAUAUCCACCCACUCAAGCUUAGUCCUGCCUAGUUUUACAACUAUUGAACUUACACUUGUAGAAGCUCACUUGUCCUCUCCAGAGAUGCACAUUGUGGGCGAGACUUUAGUAGAUCAGCUUGGGCCAGGUUGAAUCACACUGUGCAAUGAUUUUGUUUUCUAGCUGGACAUGUCCUAUGUAUUCAAUCUUCUCCUUCCAGGCUCUGGAAGAACGACCAUCUGCCUUUUGACAGUUUUAUCUUUGCUUUCAUGAAACAGAUGUCUCGUGUGCGAACCUUGUUUUGCUGGCUUAUCCGUGGGAACGUAAAGGACUGAUCGAUAACAAUGAAUAAUUAGGGAGGGUGGAUGGCAUCUGGAAAGUGAAGCAUAAAGGUGCCUGCAGCUUUAGCGGAGGCAGAGAGGUACUGCUGAUCCUCUGGAGCAGAUGUUCACAGGAGGCAGAGUGCUAAGGAAUCCAAGACAGUUUGAAUGAAAAGCCCUGAGAGAAUUUGCUGAAGGAACCUUGCAUUCUGUAUCUGAGAGAUGAAAGAAACAGACAACUACUGACCAUGUGGAACAUACUAAUGAUUAUCCUUUCAUCUUCAACAGUAAUUCAGGCCCGGGCCUUUAUUUCAUCAUGUGAAAUCAAGAAAAUCAUGAGGAUGGAGGAAGAACUAUGCACCUUAGCCCUCACCCAAGAAGAAGCCAACAGGACUGCGAACAAUGAAUUGUUGGGGAGUUCAGGCAGAUGUCCUGGAAUGUGGGAUAAUCUAACAUGCUGGCUGUCUUCAUCUGUUGGACAAACUGUUAAUGUGUCUUGCCCGCAAGCCUUCCAAAUGGUAACUGGACAAACAGGGUUUAUAUAUCGUAACUGCACCAGGGAAGGCUGGUCAGAAAAAUAUCCAAGGCCAUACACUGCUUGUGGCUUGAAUGUAGAGGAAAUUAAUGCCCCCAUGACUGAGUGGGAACACAAGGUAUCGUAUCUGAUGAAGCUGGAAAUUGUGUACACAGUUGGGACCGGUGUUUCCCUUGUGGCACUGACAAUUGCCCUGGGCAUUCUGUCAUCUUUCAGAAGACUUCGCUGUACAAGGAAUUAUAUCCACAUGCAGCUUUUUGCUUCAUUCAUUUUGCGAGCCAUUGGAAACUUCAUUAAAGAUCCUAUACUAUUUGAGGACACUGAUGAUGCUGUCUACUGUGAAUUACGCACGGGCAGAUGUAAGAUGGUCUUGGUCUUCAUUAACUUUUGUAUCAUGGCUAACUACAGUUGGCUUCUUGUGGAAGGGCUUUAUCUUCAUAGCCUGCUGGCCAUUUCUUUCUUCUCAGAUAGAAAAUACUUCUGGUGGUUUGUAGUUCUGGGAUGGGGUGUUCCCAACAUAUUUUUAAUUGCAUGGGUCGUAGCCAGACUGAUACAUGAAAAUAUUGGAUGCUGGGAUACUCAUCUUACAUAUGCCCGGUGGCUCAUUCAAGGUCCUGUGGUGGUCUCUAUUGUUACCAAUUUCAUUCUGUUUGUUAAUAUUGUAAGAAUUUUGAUGAGCAAGCUUCGUUGGCCAGAUGGAAGAGGCAAGGAUUCUAGUCAAUACAAGAGACUUGCUAAAUCUACACUUGUACUCAUCCCUCUCUUUGGAGUCCAUUACAUCAUCUUUGCUUUUUUCCCUUUUGAUACUGAAAAUGGCACCAUGGAGAUCCAGGCUCUGUUUGAAAAAGCCAUAGGAUCUUUUCAGGGCUUUGCUGUGGCUGUGCUUUACUGUUUCCUUAAUGGUGAGGUCCAGCAGGAGAUUCACAGAAAGUGGCAGCAGUGGCACUUAAAGAAGCGUGUCCUUUCGCAGAAGCACCACAGCUCCUCCUUUCAUAAUGAAGUCAGUGGAUUCACUCAGGUGCUGCAACUGCUGAAGCCCAGCCCUCAGGAGGAAAGGAGGCUCUCUGCUCCCAACAUAAGUAACUUGUAGUAAGUCUUCGUCAAGCUCAGAGAAUACUAAAGUGAGCCAUUGGAAUUCUUCAAGGAUCCAGAACCGCUCCCUCUCCCCAAUACCAAAAUCCAUGACUGUUCAAGUCCCAUUAUAUACAAUGGUGUAGUAAAAGGGUGAAUAAAUGAAAUGUGUGUUGGGAGAGAACUUGAGAAUCUGUGAAAUGACAGGAAGUUACAGUAUGUUACCCAUCACAGACAGUGUUAGGUGUGUAGCAAAAUCAAGAUUUGCUUUUUGGAGCAUUUUUUCUGAAUAUUUUUGAACCCUGGCUGCUUGAAUCUGUGGACGCAGAACCCAUGAAUAUGGAGGGUCAACUGUAAUUGCUCACUCAGAAGUUACUGGAAGGCUCAGACUUACUUCAAUGAGCGUGGUGGUUGUGGACCUGGAAGUUAUAUGCAAUUCUUAAAUUAGUUCUGCUUAGAGCCUAGCUUGGGCUGCAUCUUGAAUUUUGUUAACGGGAAAAGAUUUUGAGCAAGAAGCAUGAAGAUUCCUUUCCUAAUGAUGGAAAAGUAUCCUCUUCCUGUUGUCUUGUUUUUUCCCCUUCUUUCUGAGUCCACCACUUUAAAAUUCCAUUUUCUUCCUUGCUCAUAGUCUUAAGUGCUGGAUUAAAAGGGUCUCAAAUGGUUUUGUUCUGUUAAAUAUCAUGCUGAAUAUCAAUGAUUUGGGGCCAGACAUGACUCACGAGCAGCAAAUAGUCCUUGGGGAGGUGUUGUGUUGUCUGCAGAUAUUAUGAGCUUCCUGUUGAACAGCAACAACAAGAACAACCAAUAUCUCUAGAACAACAACACUAUACCUGUAAUCAAGUACAAGGGCCAACAACAGGAUGUGAUCAGCACUGGAACCUUGAAGCCUGGGAUCUUAGAAAAUCAGCUAGCAAUGUUUUCCAGGAUAAUUUUCAAGCAGUUUACGUUCUUGAAAAGAUUGUGAUUCUUUCGGACAUUAACUGGUUUUUAUUGCUGUAUAUUAGGAAGGCUAAGCUACUGUAAUGCAGUCUUGGAAGGCCUGUCUCGAUGCUUCUUCAGUCUUGCACAAGAAGAGAGUUGGGUUGUCUAAGGGAUGCAGUAUUUGUUUUUCAUCUUCUCCGCCAAUGUCAGUACUGCUUUCUGGUCCAAAUUCAAGAUGAUGCUCUUGACAUCAAAAGUCCAAUAAAGACCUUGGAAGGUUAAAAUGUGGCAUUCCAGAUUUUUCUGGACUACACCUCCUAUAAUCUUGGACUGUUGCUGUUAGAUCUGGUAUGAGUCAGAUUCCAACUCAACAUUUUUUCUUUACAUCAUCCUCCCUAUGUCUCUUGUUGAGCUCAGACAAUACGAUCUCUGAACCAAAUUGGAACAAUAAGUUGAAGGAAAGUGGUAUUUGUGAGAGUUAUCCAAUUACUAUAAAAUGUUCUUCCUUGGUAGUCUUGCCAAAAUGUGAGUUAUUCUGGGUAUGUUGCAAAACCUAUGUCAAUCUGAUGUGUAGUAUUAGUGUAUGUUUCGCUUCAUGCUUAUUGCACUAUGUAUUUUAUUCAGCAAAUAAGUAAAUAAACAUGGUUAAGGCCAUUGCUUUAGAUGAGACAGUUCCGACAUUAUCUUGUGUGCAAACACAGAGUAGAGAGUUGCAUGUAGAGUAGACUAAUUUUACUCCUCAAAGAUAUCUUCCAAGUAUCAGAUAAGAAGAAAUUUACGCAACUUUGUCCGUGCUGAUUUUGCUUAUGACGUCAGUGAAAUAAGCAAUUGCUAAUGUUUGUCUCCUA